GCGCAAGUCACUGUGUCUGUUUUCGUAACGAGCGGCUGCGGUGCCUCAAUGGGGGUUCGCGAUCAUUUUCGGGUUCGGUUGUUUGCAGGACUCGGAGGGGCUGGUUUGUUCCUGUUGCUGAUGGUCCUAUAUAGGGUCGGGUCUGAGUUGGAGGUGUUAAAUCAGUGGACUACUUAUUCAUUGUGGCGGAUACAGAAACCACUCUACAAGCUUGAUCUAGAGUGGCCAAAGUUUCCAGAAUUUAUUGGUCAACCAUAUUGUGUUGCUGUUGAUCAUAUCCAGGGAUUAGUCUAUGUGGGACAGAGAGGUAAUGAUGAUGUGCCGAAGGUCUUAGUAUACUCUGAGGAAGGCUAUCUUGUUCAAAAGUGGAAUACAACCACCAUUGAGAUGCCCCAUGGAAUCUUUGCACUGAGCACACCCAAUGCGAGCUCUGUGUGGAUCACAGAUGUAGGAAAUGGAAAAUAUGGACACUCAGUGAAACAAUACAGCCCUUCAGGUGAACUCCUUCAAGUCAUAGGCACUCCAGGCACAGCAGGUUCUGGUACAUAUCCUCUACAGUUUGACCAGCCAGCAGAGGUUUUUGUUGAAUCAACAGGAAAUAUCUACAUUGUGGAUGGUGAUGGAGGAUUAAAUAACCGCUUGCUCAAAUUGACAAAAGAUUUUAGGGCCCUAUGGCUGCGUGGAGAAAGUGGUACUGCUCCUACACAGUUCAGGAUUCCACAUAGUGUAACAGUGGAUUCAGUUGGACGGGUCUGGGUUGCAGAUAGAGCCAACUGGAGAAUCCAAGUUUUUGAAAAAAGCACUGGGGAAUGGUUAGGGUCUUGGGAUAGCUGCUUCAUGGAAGAUGGCCCUUACUCUGUCAGAUUUACUCCCAAUCAGCAGUAUAUAAUUGUGGCCCACCUAAAUAUUAAUAGGAUUUCUAUUUUGGCAGCCCCACCAGUAGGAUUAAUUGGGGAUUGUAUUGUGGUGGACACAAUCCAGCUUGCAGGAGAAGUCAAGCCCCAUCUUCUGGACGUCAGCAUGAGUACUGGAGCCAUUUAUGUGGCAGAACUUGGAGCUGAACAAGUACAGAAAUAUGUACCUUUGGAUUAAUGGCAUCUUCCAUGCUGUAUGAGCAAGGGUGGAAUCUCUCUUUGGUCACAGCCAGAUAGGGUGGGCUGUAGCUCUCAUACUUUCCAAUGCCUCACAGCUGGUUGCUGUGCUGGUUGGGGGGCCAUAGGAAUAGACACUAACUGCCUGAGGAAUUCUGCUCUACUGGAUUGCCUGCUCUCUCCAGUUGUAUAACACUUGAUAUAGCUAGUGUUUCAUUCUGUGCAUUUAUCUCAGGGACUGAUUUGUCUUUCAUUAUUUUAGCCACAUUUUAUGGAUUGGGUUUAAUUGGUUUUGCAUAUAAAUUAUUUCUCUUGUAAUACAAUUCCAAGAGUUACUCUGUUCAUUCCUUUAACAUAAUCAGAAUUAUUCGUUUGUAGUGGUUUUAUCUCCAGCCUUAAAUUUAUUGACAGUCAAUGAGAGACAACAGAAUAGUCUGAUGGAUAUGUGAAAGAAAUAGGAAAAGCUGUAUUACAGCCUUGAGUUGCAGUUAUCUCAGGGAGCAACUCCUCCUGCAUGAGCAGUUAAGAUCUUUGAAAAACAGUACUGUACUUCAGCUUCAACAGAGCACAGACUUCUCAAUGGCAGUCCCUGUCCCCUGAAGGCUUUUCUAAGCACAGCCCCUAUUUAAAGGCAACUUAAAGCAUUCCUCCAAUUGCUGAUCUGUUUUUCUGUUAUAUUUCUAUAUAGGACUCUGAAAUUAAUAUUUUUUAAAGUAUACUGUGACUGUUCAGCCUACCAAACCAAUUUCAUAUAUAAUAGUUGCCUCAUUUUAUACCUAUUAUUGUGAUGGUUCUUACAUUUAAAAAAAAACUUUUUUCUGGAUGGUGUUCAUUAGUUUUAAAGCAGAGCAAAACUAAUGGCAGUUUAUAAUCUGUACAGAAAAACACUGUUUUGCAUACUGACAUGUUAUAAACAUGUUAAAGACAACAUUAUACAGUAUAUAAAGCAUUUGGAUUAACUAACAAAAAUUAAAUAUAAAGAAG